AUGGAACCAGCUCGCGGAACCGCACAGCCAGAAGCACGAUCGCCAUUGGAGAACCUCGAUCCUCAGGGAAUUUCAGUCUUCUUGAAUCAACUUUCUGCAAUUCAAGCGCAUAUAAACAAAAGCAAUGGAGGACCAAGCCAAGAUCCUGCAAGUCCUUUUUACUUACAUCCCUCCGAAAAUCCAGGUAUAUCCAUAACUCAUGAAAUUCUGAAUGGAAGAAACUAUGGAGAUUGGAGUAGAGCUAUGAAUCUUGCUUUAAAAUCAAAGAACAAACUUAGGUUUAUUGAUGGUAGUUUAGAUAAACCAGAAAAGCACGAUCCCCUAUUUGAGGCAUGGGACCGAUGUAAUACGUAUGUAGUUGGAUGGAUCAAUCGUUCACUAGAACCUGACAUUGCCAAAAGUGUGAGCUGGAACACCAUAGCACUAGAUCUUUGGGAAGACCUAAAACAUAGGUACUACCAAGGUGACCGCUUCCGAAUUGCUGAGCUACAAGAGGAACUGUAUGCAACUAAGCAGGGAGAAAUGAGUGUAACCGUGUACUUCACAAAAUUGAAGACGAUAUGGGAAGAUUUGGAUAGCUUUAGAGCAAUUCCUUCGUGCAAGUGUGGAAGAAAUUGCAGUUGUAGAUUAGGAGUCAUAAGGGACUUUAGAACUGAAGAUCAGGUUACUCGAUUUCUUAGAGGAUUGAAUGAACAAUAUGCUGGGGUUAGGUUGCAAGUCAUGCUUAUGGAUCCACUCCCAAAUAUCAACACUGUUUUCUCUCUUCUCACACAGCAAGAGAGACAAUUUCAAAGCUUCGAUUUUGUCUCAGAACCAAGAUUGAUAGCUCAGACAAGCACUCAACCUGCCACUCUCUUGAACAUUGCAGGGGCCUUUCAAGGCAGAGGGAGAGGGAGGGGCAGAGGAGGCAAAAAUCCAGGCUUUGGAAGAGGACAGGGAGGCAGAGGCAAGAUGCAAUGCUCUCAUUGUGGUAAGACAGGACAUGUUGUUGAUACAUGCUACAAGAAGCAUGGAUUGUCACCACACCUUAAGCAAAGAUAUAACACAGCAUUCACCAACAUGAGUGCAGCUGAAUUUGACUCUGAGGGAAGCAAUGAGAAUCUCAGAAACCCUUACAAUGGACAGGAUAGUGAUGUAACAAGUCUUGAUUUCACACCUAAACAAAAAUCAGCCUUAUUAGCACUUCUCAGCAAGGAAGCACAGAAACCAAGUCAAAAUGCUGAUCCUCACAAAGAGCCUUUGCCAACACCUCAUCCAGGUAAGUUGGAACAUAUUAUGCAUUUCACAUCAAACAUUCUCGCAUUGAAUAUUUCAGAUAAGAAAUUUGCAUCAUGGGUAAUAGACACGGGAGCAACUGACCAUGUCUCUUACUCACUCAAUGACUUUCAUACAUAUCAUGAGAUAGCUCCAAUCCUUGUUAAAUUGCCUAAUGGUGUAACAGCCCAGACCACCCGCUAG